CUGAAUGGUGUACUCCAAUGAUGAACUACCAUUAGUUCAUAUUUGAAACACCUACAGCUUUUCAAUCUCACUUUCUAGUUAAAGGUGCCCGCUCUGUGUGACAGAAGGAGACACUGACAUGGCCUUUGUCGACGGUGCCGGGCCGGCCGUGGACAUUUGUAGUGCAUGUUAGUCAAAGUGAAGGUUGCCCACUGGCUGGUACAGCUGGAAUCCUUGCAAAUAUAAGGUGGUGACCGUGUAUCUCUCCCCACUUUGUCAACACUUGAGUGUAGCAAUAGGCAAUAGAAAUGCUGGAAUUUGUUGAAUUGAAUCUUAUUCAUUUGCUUUCUAAAGCCCCUGCUGACCCUUUGUUCAUACAGGCAAUUUCACAUAUGGCUGAUUUGGCCUCUUGAGGAGUGAACGGGUGUGUGCAAGCCAUGAUCGACAUCUCCCUCCCUCACACACGUGAAGAUGGGGUAGAAUUAAAAAAUGUAAAUAACAUACAGUGAUGCGACUGAAAUACCAGCCAUUUGAAUUCAUGUCCUUUUUCACAUUGCAGUGUUUAUACUGAUUCCAGCUGCUCUAUACAUGUUAACUUCUCAAUUUGUGGGGGGGGAAUGAUUGAGCCUUGAUUGUGAAUAAACUACAUUAAAUGGAGUUGGACCUGUUAAACGUGCAGCGAUCUGGGUAUUUAAAUCCUUCAGAUCACCACACAAUAUAUAAGAAGGGAGAGCACUGCUCACUGGGCCCUUUUCACAACAACUGGACUGCUCGUGUUUCCAUUACAGGCGGUGUUUAUUACAUUAACCCAACAAAGGCCAUCGUCUCUUCUGUCUCACGUGACUCGCUCUUUGUUGCAGGCUCCACCUCUUCCACGUGAACGCGCCGUAAGCCGAAUUAGAAAAUCCUGGGUUAACAAAGCUAACUGAUGAAUAGCUCCAUAACAACGAUUAUCUUCUUCCCGUUUCCGUCGCUUGGACAGUUAUUGAUUAACGUGAAGCGUUCCGUCACUAAACCGUCCGAUAUAUUGCGAUCGAGUGUAUUCCGUUUGAUGACCGUGGGUAACGAUUCGAUUACUAAAUCUAGCAUUGAAACAUCUCGGAUAACUGCGCGCACCCGAUCCGUCACGAGAGGAAAGCAAUCGCACGCCGAAACCCGGAUCAUUAUAAAUGAACACAGACAGAGAUUCCCAGAUGAUGAGAAAACAGGAGCGGGCUCAUUUCUUCAGCUCUAGAGAGCAGGAACUCAUUUUGAAGUUGUAUGAAGAAGAGAGAGCAAUAUUGACAGCCAAGUCGAACACUUCCACUGCCUCAAAACUGAGAGAAGAAGCCUGGCAGAGAAUUGCUGAUAAAAUAAACACGGUAUCGGACAGCGGCCACAAAAGAUCCUGGCAGCAAGUGAAAAUCAAACAUAAAAACAUAGUGCAAACAGCAAAAAGAAGACAGGCGGAGGGGAUGGGGAAUGACGGGGGAUCGGUGACCCCAUCUCUAACUUCUGCAGAGGAGGACGUGCUGCAGCACAAAGAUAAGAGGCUGAGAGUGGAGGUCCUGCCCGGAGGUGCUUGUAUUGAACCACUGGUUGGAUCUGACAGCUCAUUUAUCAGCGUCUCAGGACACCCUGUCCUCCUCUUGCCCGUAACAAAGACUGAACCAGAAAGCCUGAGCGGUGAUGAGACGGACAUCAGUGACACUCAUUUCGAAGGGGAUGUUCGCUGCUUCCUGGGGAGAGACGACUCUGCUUGUGCUCCAAUUGAUGAAAAAAGUCCUGGGAAACAUACUGAAGAUAUAAGAGCCCUUUAUUGCUGCUACCUCAAGAAGGAGAUAGAGAACCGUGACCAACAGAUGGCAUACAGAGCACUUAAAAUGAGGAAGAUGGAGAAAGAAAUUUUACUACUUGACAGGCAGCUGAUGUGACCCUGCAAAGAAAUAUUAAUGUUUUGUCUCACUAUUAUAAUAUGUUAAAACAAUGUCUGAUUUAUCCUUUUGCUGGCAAUUGUAACACAUUGCACAUCAUUUGUCACAUAAACUGUUGAGUUAACAGCAA